CUUGUGGUCAGCGUCCACCUUAUCACAGCCAAGUUAUGGAAGUCCUGGUUGAAAGUGCUGUACUAAUGACAGUAAUUUUUCUUCUCUAGUUCUGUCAACGUAAGAAUGCAAAUGGGGAAAACACGACUGACCUUCGUAGAAUUUUCCAAGUGCACAGUGUGUUUGCUAUUGCUUCGUUGUCACAAGAAAGAAAGAAGAAGAAGAAGAAACAAGAAAGGCAGAAUAUGGUUGAAAAACAAGGGACAAAACAAGGGACCCACAAUUGAUUCGCAAAGAUAAAACAUUUUAAAUYGUGGGUUUUAUCCCAUCAAAUGACGGAACAUACAUUGUCAGUCACUAAUUGAGACAUUACAUCGACUAGGAUGGGGCAAAUAGUGUUGGAUUCGUACGAAGGAGUACUCUUUAUCCAAGUGUUUAUCGGUGUUCUUUCCAUUUGUGGCGUUCUAGGCAACACUCUCGUUGUCUUAUCUGUUCUUCGGAAUCGCUCGAUGCACACCGUAAUGUAUUACCUCCUGAUCAACCUCGGUAUUGCUGACACACUUGUCGCUGUCUUUCUUCUGAUGCGCUAUGUCUUUGCUGAUAGCAUAGUCUAUCCCUUCGAUGUGCGCGCGGACGUCAUCUGCAAGUUCGUGUCCUUUGGGACCAUUUCCUGGGUGGGGCUUCACGCGCAGGUCUUCACUCUGAUCGUCAUCUCCGUCGAGCGCUACAGUGCUGUUGUUCAUCCUUAUAGUUCACGUGGUAGACUGAAUAAAAAAAAGCUCAAGAUUGUGUUGGUCGUUUGCUGGAUGUAUGCCAUAGGAUUUAUAAUGCCGGAUUUCAUAGCGAUACGAUACGAUCAGAAGAAAGCUUCCUGUAUUUACGAGUGGUCUGACAUCAUCCAGAAGACGUGGGCUUUUCUUUGGUUUUUCGCCUGUGGUCCUGUUCCUCUCUUGUCUAUGGGACUCCUGUAUGGAAAAGUCGUCUACGAUCUUUGGAUCAAAAAGGAUGGGAGGGUAUCUGAGUCACGCAAGGCUGUGAUCCGGUCACGCAAGCGCGUGACUAAGGUGGUCAUCACCGUGACUAUCAUCUAUGGUAUAUGCUGGCUUCCAAACCUUACUUUGUGGUUAACAGCCAACUUUAUAACCAUUCCGCAUCUACCAUUCAUUGUAACUCUCACACAUGUAUUUCUUCUUUUCAACUCGAGCGUAAAUCCUUUCGUCUACAGCGUCCAAAGCCAACACUUCAGAAAAUGCAUGCUGAGAACUCUGCACUUUUGGAAGCCAAGCAACUCCGUCACGAGUCAUAUCCAAGACACCAAUACUAACACUAACACAGGUAGCGUGAAUGCCAUUGGUGGCAUAGAGUCACGUGACAUUAAUAACUGUCAAUCAAGUGUGGUCCUGGAGGGUAGAGUCCCUAGUGGGAUCAUUCAAAAACCGCAUCGACAUUUAGAAACGAAGAAACGCUUCAGUCUUGUCAAAGCUGCUGACUGCCACGCAAAUACUGUUCACCCAGUUCACACCGUGGUUGUUGAGAAAGCCGGUUGCCAUAGCAACGUUGGCUGCCAGGAAAAUGAGCUGCUUACCAUUGAAAAAGGUUUCCAGCAGACUACGGUACAGCAAACAUCUGGCAAGGAAUCGAAAGAUAAAGAUUUCAGUGUAUUUCAGGUAAAUGCUGGAGCAUCUGAAUCUAGCGAAAGUGGAAAGGCAAAGUUUGAACAAAAACAUCUUUUAGUAAAGUCGAAUGAGAAAAAAGAGAUUGGAGAUUUUGGAGGCAUUUGGAUGGGACCGAACGGCGAUGACAAUAAAGAGGACUUUUAUUCCUCGGUGUUACAAACACCAGAAGAAAAGGAAUCCAGAGAUAAAAAAAUACGAACCGCCUUUAUAAAAGUUAGGGCUUUUACUGCAUUUGCACAAAUGACAGGUGAUAUGAAGAAAGAAAAGAACAACAUCACAGCAUUGUAUCCAUCUUUUCUUGACGAUUUAAAGACAAGAGCCAAGGAAAAUAAUCUUGAAGGAGAGGACGUUGCCAAAGGGAAGCAGGGCUAUCGAGAUGAAGUCAAACAACAUACAGAAACUGCAGAAGAACAUAUGGAAACAGGAAAUCUAAAUUACAGCCGAGAAGAGGCUGUGUCUGCAAGUGAAGAGGGAAACCAUGAAAAUAACGGGAGGAAUGAAACUUUAGACAGUAACAGAAAGAAUUCGAGUAUUAUGGAAAGUACUACUUCAAGCUCAAACGGCAUAAAAAUUCAAAGAGGGAGUAAAAAGAUUAGUUUUAUUGAGCUUCCAGAUGACAUAGAGCGUAAGGAAUUAGUCCUUCCUCGAAUCAAUCAAGCUCGGACACCAUUAGUGACUGCUAAACACUACACUGGAUAUGGCAGUGAGAAAAGCUUUGAAAGCUUUGAUAAAACAUCUAGGUCACAAGAGAGGGAAAAGUUGAAACUAUUGAGAGGUUAGAGGGAUUUGGACAUUACCAAGUGAAUGUUGUUUAUCAUGCCCAGUAAAACUUAUGUUUAGUUCAUUGCCAUCCAAAAAACAACAACAACAACGAAAUAAUGAAAACAAACAUGCAAGAGAUAAACRAACAAACAGGAAAACAUACACAAGCGAAAAAAAACAGACAAACAUGCAAAGAAACAAAUAAAUAAAUUUAAAGAAAAAGGCAA